AUGAGCGUUGGUCCGAUCGCCCUGAUGCUGGCUACAUCAUUCAAGACGAAUGUCGAUGUCUAUGAUGUAUCCGUACCGGCAUUCUUCUUCUCGCCGACCAUCAAGAAUUACGAAACAGUCCUUUGUAAUUUUCUCUGGUACGAGCCGGCACAUGUGGACUACUGCGAUCCGACCUUCGGGCGCGCACUCGUCAAUUCGCUCAUCGUCGGACUGAUCUCGACCGGGUUGACCCUGACAAUUGGCUGCAUGGCUGCAUAUGCGCUGGUGCGCUUCCGUUUUAUGGGGCGUGGAACGGUCUCGAUGACCACUUUGCUGAUGCGCAUGGUUCCGCCAGCGGUUCUUCUGGUGCCGGUGUUCGGAAUCUGGACGUUUCAAUACGGGCUUGAUCAGACCUACACCGGGAUCAUUUUGAUCUAUACGGCGAUGAACCUGCCUUUCGUGAUCUGGAUCCUGCAGAGCUUCAUCGUGCAGGUGCCCAUACAGCUGGAAGAAGCAGCGCGCAUGGACGGGGCCAACCUGUUUCAGGUUUUCUUUCUGGUUGUCUUGCCGAUCAUCCAGCCGGGUCUUGCUGCCGCUGCAAUCUUCACAUUCCGCAUUGCCUGGAAUGAGUUCCUGCUGGCCAACGCCUUGUCCGGCCGAUCCACCAGAACGGUGCCGGUCACGAUCGUCAAUUCGAUCACGGAAUACGACAUCAACUGGGGUGUCAUCAUGGCGACGGGGAUGCUGCUCGCCAUUCCGCCGAUCCUGUUCACUUUCGUUGCGUCGAAGCAGAUCAUUACGGGCAUGACCGCCGGAGCCGUGAAGGGAUGA